AUGUUCGAUAGCAAGGAAGAGGUAGAUGAUGGUGGAAAUUGGAUGGGUAUCAAUGAGGGUUGGAGAGCAAGCGUGAGAGAUGGAGAGGGGAUCAGUGCGUACCAAAGCAAUAUCAUCUCCUUUGGCUUGUUUCUCUCCCCCUUGCCAACGAUCAUAACGAUAUACCAGAGGAGGGCGGUGGAGCAGUUCUCCCCGAUCCCGUACCUGGCGACUUUCCUCAACUGCGUGUUGUGGGUCUUCUACGGCCUCCCCUUGGUCCACCCCAACGCCCUCCCCGUCGUCACCAUCAACGCCGCCGGCGUCGUCUUCGAGACCCUCUACCUCGCCAUCUUCUUCCUCUACUCCCCCAGGCAACUCCGCCUCAAGGUCGUCAAGAUCUUGCUGGCGGAGCUGGCCUUCAUCGUGGCGGUGAUGGCGGUGGUCCUCACGACGGCGCACACCCACGAGCGCCGCUCCCUCAUCGUCGGCGUCCUCUGCGUCGUCUUCGGCACCUGCAUGUACGCCUCCCCCCUCUGCAUCAUGAAACUGGUGAUCGAGACCCGGAGCGUCGAGUACAUGCCCUUCACCCUCUCCCUGGUCGGCUUCCUCAACGGCGUCUGCUGGACCACCUACGCCAUCCUCCGCCACGAUAUCUUCAUCGCCAUACCGAAUGAGAUGGGUGCGGUGUUCGGGCUGGCAGAGCUGAUCCUGUACGCCAUCUACUACAGGACCACCCCAGAGCAGGACUCCUCGUCGGAGGCCGCCUGAAGUCUGCACUCUAAAUUCCGUUCUCUUGUCUUCUCCGGAACGCUUCGUUCGAAUGCCAACUGCAAGGCGAUGGAGGGUGCUCCCACCACCUCCAUUAAUUGGUCAUCAGUUUCAAUUGAAAGACGUACAUCUGCUGCUGUAUGUGCGACUGCAUCCAUCCAUCCAUCCAUCCACCACGGAUGGAUGGUGAUGAUGAUCGAUGAU